CUUUCACCUCUCAAAACCCACCACCACCACAUCUCCUCCUCCUCCUCCUCCUCCUCCGUUAUCAGUCUCCUACAUAAACAAAUGGCAGCAGGAAGAGAGCCCUUCAACGUCACUGCCAGAGCUCCAACUUCGGCGUUCGGAAACCGCUCUCCCUGGCAUUCACCUGUUCCCUACUUGUUCGGUGGCUUGGCUGCCAUGCUUGGUUUAAUUGCUUUUGCUCUCUUAAUUCUUGCCUGUUCCUACUGGAAGCUAUCCGGGUACCUUGAAAACGGCAACGAAGGAGACGAAAGGGACCUCGAAUCCGGAGAAGGAGCAAAUAAGACUGGCGAAGAUCAGAAACAACAAUCGGUAGCCUUUGAAGAGAAGAUAUUAGUGAUUAUGGCCGGAGAAGUUAAGCCAACUUUCUUGGCAACACCAAUGUCUAGUAGGUCGUCUUCUUUUGGUGAUAAUAGCAGUACAAAAAGCUGUUCUUGCAGCGAAAACAGUGAGAAAUCUGAGAAUGGUAGAGGUAGUAGUGCUGAGAUGGUGAAACAGGGGACUGUUGAUCAAGAACAGAGUAGAACCGCAGAGACGUCCACCCUUAAUGAUUCCUCAGAUCAAAACCAUUAAAUUUUUUUCCUCUUCUCUUUCUGGGUAAUGAUUUUUUUCUUUCUUUUAGUUAGAAGGAUGGGAUCUUGACAGAAAGAGACAGAGAAAGAGAGAGAUCUGUUACAGGUUUUGAUUAGGGCUAGCAAUAUGUGGAGGUGAUGUGCUGUAUAUGAUCUUACAUGUCAGACUGGUUCUUAUUAUUCCCUUUUUAGCAGUUGCUUUCUUUCUUUUUUGGUUUAGUGUUUCCAAUUCGGGAAAUGUAAAUUUCAUUGAGAUUUAAUGAAAAAUCAGCUGUUUCUUCA